UUUAAAGGAGCGGUUUUCAAAUGGGUUUAUUCAUAUAUCCAUCCCAGGUUUUCGUGCCAUCAGCCUCGGGUUAGGUGAACACACACACACACACACACCGACGUCGGACUCCAUCAGUGCCCUGGUGUGUUCCCUCGCUCUCACACAGCAGCUGAACUGGAGCAGACUGGAUGGAGUGGAUUAACGGCACUUCUCUGACUUGGCUGUGGACCCGGUGCAAAGUGCUUCGACAUGGAGUUUUUCAGGUUGUGUUCUACAAAUCACAGGAUGGUGCUGAUAACUAUGAUGAUGUUCAAACUGGGCUUCCUGUGUACAGUGGCAGCUGACAAGUGUCUCUCAUCUCCCUGCAACAAUGGUGCCACAUGCUUUGAAUACAUGGAUGACUAUGCGUGCUUGUGCCCCAAAAAACCAGUGUGGUACAUGGGGAAAAGAUGUGAUGAACUGUAUGACGCCUGUAUCUCAGCACCAUGUGAAAACUGCACCAGCAAACUUGGGACCCAUGAGUAUACAUGCCACUGCCCAGCAGGAUUUACAGGACUCAACUGCACUGAGGACAUAGACGAAUGUCUUAGCAACCCCUGCAAUGGUACCAAGUCACAUUGUCUCAACGGAAUCAACACAUAUUCCUGUCAUUGUCCGCUUGGAUUUAAAGGUGAGGACUGCCAAGAAAGUGUUCCCAUCUGCUUAAACGAAACAUGCCAGAAUCAUGGCACCUGUGUGGACAUCCUUGACACAGGUCCUUUGUGCUAUUGUUAUGCUGGGUACCAAGGGUUGUACUGCGAGGAGAACAUUGAUGAUUGUGAGUCAGGCCCCUGUCAGAAUGGAGCCAUCUGUAGAGAUGGGAUCAACACCUACCAGUGUUUCUGUGUGCCUGGAUUUCAAGGCUACCAUUGUGAUUUGGACAUUAAUGAAUGUGCCUCACACCCUUGUCAGAACAAUGGUACAUGUCUGGAUGAGGUGGACUACUACACCUGCUACUGUGCUCAAGGCUUUAAAGGAUUUAACUGUGAGGAGGAGAUUGAUGAGUGUGAGGAACAUCCCUGCCGCAAUGGCGCCACCUGUCUAGACUACAUUGCAAUGUUCAGCUGUGAGUGUGCAGCUGGAUUCCAGGGCUACAUCUGUGAGGUCAAUAUUGAUGAAUGUGUCAGCAUGCCUUGUCUGAAUGCAGGCAAGUGCAUCGAUGGUGUCAACAGUUAUGAAUGUGACUGCACGGAGACAGGAUUUUUUGGUGACCACUGUGAAAUAGAUAUUCCUGAAUGUGCCUCUAACCCUUGCAAACAUGGAUCCACCUGCAUGGAGGGGAUUAACCAGUACACCUGCAUCUGCUGGCCAGGUUAUGAGGGAGAGAACUGUGAAGUGGAUAUCAAUGAGUGUGAACAGCAUCCCUGUGAAAAUGGUGGAAACUGUUUUCAGCGAUCAGACACAAGGAACUACGGCCUGGUCCCUGAACUCAGCACAUUCACAUAUGAAAAUGCUGCUGGAUUUAUUUGCCACUGUCAACCUGGUUUCACUGGAGACAACUGCUCUGUCAACAUUGACGAGUGUGAGUAUGCUCCAUGUCAGCACGGAGCAUAUUGUCAGGAUAUGGUCAACUCUUAUCAGUGUGUGUGUCCAGAUGGAUUCACUGGCCCACACUGUGAGCUGGAUAUUGAUGAAUGUGAAAGCAAUCCUUGCCAAAAUAAUGCCACUUGUGAAGAUACCACUAACUCAUACAGAUGUCACUGUUUGACACCAGAAACUGGCCAAGAACCAUGGGGAGGACGCGACUGUGAUAUUCGUCUGAUUGGCUGUCAUCAACAUAUGUGUCAGAACAUGGCAGCUUGUGCACCAAUACUGACUGUUGGAGGAGAUCAUAGCUACACAUGCCUGUGUCCACCUGGUUGGACGGGAGCACACUGCAAUACCUCAACAACAUUCUCGUUUAACUCUGAGGGCUACGUUUCCAUGCAGCUGCCUGGUUUCAAAAAUGCAAGCACAGAGCAGUCUGGUGACUAUGUUCACAAGCACCACAUGCAGUUCCGAUUUAGGACCACUCUGCCUGAUAUGGUGCUGUACUACCAGGGAACUGCAGAGCACCACUUGGUCCUGGAGCUUGUUGGUGGCUCAGUUCAGGCCGUAGUAAAGUCAAUGAAGGUGACCAAGGUCACCUGUCCUGGACCACUGAAUGAUGGAGAAUGGCACCAGGUUACUGUGACCAUGGAUGAUAGUCUCUUCCUUACAGUAAACAAACACAACUAUGAGGAGAGAUGCCAGGUAAAGAAUGAGGUCCCUAAGCACCGGGCAUUUCUUCAGUCCAGCACUUUUCAACAGCUCUAUGUUGGAGGAGCACCACAGGAUUAUUUACACAACACGUCCAGAAGGAAAGGCUUUAUUGGCUGUAUGGAAGACCUUCAUGUUGACCAAAAGCUGUUCAUACCACACAACCACAUCAGAGAAGAGAACAAGGGCCUAGAAUUAGGAUGCAGCAAACAAGACUGGUGUCAGGAUGACCCAUGCAUGCAACAGGGGCAGUGUGUGGACAUGUGGGUCCGUGCUAGUUGUCUUUGCCGCCGGCCCUAUUACGGAAAAAGAUGUGAGAAAGAAUACCCAUCCUGGACUUUUGGCCAUGAGAACACCAGCAGCUUCUCUACUUUCAGCAUCUCAGAAAGUCAUGGUGACAACUUCACUGUUACCUUUUUCUUGCGCUCUCUCAAACUUCACGGUCUGCUUCUUCAACUCACUCGAGAAGGAAAGCCCUACCUUACGAUCUACCUAAAGGAAGGCAUAAUCGCACUCUACAGCUCCUACACCACAGUGCUGUCAGAAACUAAGUUUGUGACAGAUGGAAACAACAACUUGGUCACUGUUAAGGUUCAAAGUGGCCCUGUGUUUUUUGAUAAAACAGGGAACCAUCAUGCCUUCAGAAGCAACAGAGUAGAGGCAGGGGAUGUUGCUUAUGUUGGGGGACUUCCUGCAGGUAAAACCAUGAAAACCUGGGGUGGACACUUUAAAGGCUGUUUGCAGGACAUCCGCCUGGAUGACAAGCAUCUGUCUAUGGAGGAUCAUCAAGAAAGAAUCAAAGUUUACAAAGCCACUAGAAUGGAAUAUGUGAUGAUGGGAUGCCAGAGUGAUGAUACAUGCAAGGGUGAACCCUGUUUCAACAGUGGACACUGUGAAGUCACAUGGAAUGACUUCAGAUGCCACUGUUCUAUUAAUUUCUCAGGCCAACUGUGUGAGACACGUCUGUGGUGUGUCGACAGUCCUUGUGCUGAUGGAACGCGUUGUGUGGACUUACAUGAUGGUUAUGAGUGUCUAACAGAAGCCUCAUUUAAUGACAACUCUCUCCAGUACACGUCCACCAAUUCCACAGUCAGCCCUGUCACAAACAUCACCUUGAAUAUAAGAACACGCGACCACAAUGGAAUUUUAUUGCGUGCCACUAGCAGAGCUGAAAUCUUCUGUCUAGGUCUGCUCAACUCCUCCCUGUUGGUUAAGCUGAACACUGGAGAAAAUGCAACAGUGGUGGUGUUCACAAGCGAUUGGACCAUCGCAGACGGAUCGUGGCAUCAUAUUCAACUCACCAUGGUAGAUUCCACGCAGGCAGCAUCAGGCUGGUAUCUCGAUGUAGAUGGGAAAAGAGCAGGCAGCAGCGUUGGUGUUGCUGGUACCCUCAGUUUUCCCACUGAUACUCAUAUCUGGCUGGCUGAAAAAUAUUCCGGUUGUUUGGGGGAGAUUAGAGUCGGUGGAGUGUAUCUGCCACUGAUUCAUGUACCACACACCCCUCAGAUGAAGCACUUUGCCCGACUCGGAGGCCGUGAACCAAUUAUAGGAUGCCAAGGAACACCAGUCUGUGAUUCCCAGCCAUGCCAAAACUCAGGAGUUUGUCAGGACCAUUUUUUUGAGUUUAACUGCAGCUGUACCUCUGGCUGGACAGGAGGUCUGUGUGAAAUGGAGGUUAAUGAAUGUGCUUCAAGUCCCUGUGCCUAUGGAACCUGUGAAGACCUCCUAGCAGAUUACCAGUGUCACUGUCUGCCAGGAUACACAGGGAAAAACUGCCAAGAAGAACUAGAUAAUUGUCUGGAAUAUAAAUGCAUGAAUGGAGGAGCAUGCAUUAAAACAGCAGAUGCUGACACGUGUUCCUGUCCACCUGGUUACAUUGGCAAGCGCUGUCAGUGGCGCUCAUCUCCAGUUGAAUGUGAUGCAGAAACUGAAUGUCUCAAUGAAGGCGUUUGUAUAGAAAGCAACAUGGAAGGAAACUGCAUCUGCAAGUCUGGAUUCACUGGUUUCAGGUGUGAGACAGAAAUAGACGAGUGUGGCUCCAAUCCGUGUCUGAACAAUGCCACAUGUCUGGACAAACUUGACAACUUCCAGUGUAUGUGUGUACCAGGCUUUACUGGAUUAACGUGUGAGGCCAAGAAAGAGCAGAGUACUGAACGAGUACCCUGGCUUGCAGUGACCAUCCCUCUGACCACGCUGUGUAUGUUACUCACUCUCCUGGUAGUCUUCUUCCUUUUUACCACAGCCCGUAAGAAGCGACAGUCAGAAGGCACAUAUAGCCCCAGCUCACAGGAGGUGGCAGGGGCAAGGCUAGAGAUGGGCAGCGUUCUCAAAGUUCCUCCAGAAGAGAGGUUAAUAUGAGAGCCACAGAUGUGGCAUGUACUGAACAGAUGUCCAGCAGUGGGAUAAUGCUGGUCUGCCUUGCACUACACAAACAAUACUGUGUGAAGCGAGUUACUGGAAGAAGAAAAACCCUAAUAAAAACAGAAGGGUGGAUGUGUUUUGACAAGACUGACAGGAAGGUUUCAAGACAAUGCUGUAACACUGGAUGUCCCGAUGACAAUAUGAAGUUGGGUUUUUAAGAUGCACCUGUGGAUGCUCAGACGUUUAUUCUGACAGUCUGAAAUAUAGCAAGAGUUAAAUUGUGUUACCAUCACUACAGAUCUUGAAUAACCGUAUUCCUCUUAGACUGUCCAUUGUGAUUAUUAUAGCACUGUGAGCUGCUGAACAAAGGACAUAAGGAAACUAUGAAGUCAUAAUGUGAAAUAUAUAGGGUCAAGUGGUAGUUAUUGACUCCUACAUUGACUCAGAGGACAUCAGUGCAGACUCUGUAGACGUCAUUAAAUGCUCAAUAAGACUGUUUUUGUAUUUUAUACCCAUUGGAUUCAAUGUUGUUUUUUUUAAACUGUAUUUAUGUCAUAUUUUAGUGUUGUAAUAAGAAUGUUGAUAAAGAAGACACGUUAUUUUGUUUGAUGGAAAACACUUGUAUUGGUAGAAAUAAUACAGCUGCACUGUGGUCAUCACACAUGUUAAUAAUGUACAUUAAAAAAACAAGAAAAUAGAA